CAUUGCAUGCUGCAAUACCGGAGCAACUCCUCAGGUACUACCCUGGAAAUCAUGCCGUUCGAUGACCCGCUCAGUUGCGCUAGCAAAAAGUGUUGCGGAAGGCCUAUCGAUUGCAAAUUCGAACUUGCUGCUUUGCGAUGAUUGGCUCGGCCGUCUCGGUGAACGCCGCAAUUAACAAUAUGUUCGGCAGAAUGUAAAGGUCGGUAGCCGCGUUUGCAACAUCGGCAUCGAUGCAUGCAGAGCAGUGUGUUAGCUUGUUGGGAGGAUCCGGCUGUUACCUACCUGCUGCAUCAAAUCCCUGCCUGUGCAAACAGCCCAAUUGAUGUCCAGUCUUAUGCGGAGGGCUUCCGAGGAGAGCUGAGCGGCGGGACGUUUUCUGUCACUAUCUGUCCAUUGGAAUCAGCAUACUUUAAGUGUUUGGAGUGUCGAGUGCUCUUCGUUGUUUCUAUGAUCUGACUAGCUUAAGCAUGGAGCUCAUCAUCACACCCACACAGGCCCUCGUGCCUUUGUCAGUUCUGUUCCUAGUCUACCACGCAAUCCGGGCAUUGUUCUUCGGAAAGCCAGAGUCCAAGCAUUGGGAGGAGCUGCCAGUCGUGGGCCUCCAGAAAGGAUGGUUCGAAUGGGUGUGGGCUACCUUGAAGUCCAUCCGGAAGACCCAGGACUGGGCGUUCGAAGGGUACCGCAAGUUUGCCAGCGUAAACAGCCCGUUCAUCUUGCCUAGUAUCGACAGAGGAGCGAUGAUAAUUCUCCCGCCGCGUCUGAUCAAAAAGGUUUACUCACUGCCAGAGUCCACGCUCGACAUUCAUGCGACGCAGAGUGAGACUAUCCAAACGAAAUGGACAGUCUGGGACAAAGAAGUAGCCGACAAUGACUUCCAGAUCAACGUUGUGCGUCAUCAGAUUACGCGGAAUCUCGAGCAUUUGACGCCGCUGAUGGCCGACGAACUUGACAGAGGCUUCGAGCGUUGGUGGGGAGGGAAAGGUGACACGGAGUGGAAGGAAGUCGCAGUCUGGGAUGCUUGCUUGAAGUUGAUCGCUGGUGCAAGUAACGGCGCCUUUUGUGGCGCGCCGCUAUGCCGUGAUGAACAGUUCUUGAACGAUCUUAGGGAUCACGCAAUGAGCAUCUUUGCUGGCGCUAUGCUUAUCAACGCAUCCCCCAAGCCGCUCAAGCCAGUGACUGGCUUCCUUGUAGGAUCGACUUGCUGGUACUUGCGCAGAAAAGCAAUGAAAGGCUGCUUGCCUUUUGUGACAGAGAGACUGAACGCUACUGCCCGUUUCAAGGCUGACCCAAAGUGCGGGUGGACACCACCGAAAGAUGGUCUCCAAUGGCUUAUCGAUGAGUGCUACGCUGCCGCCGCAAAGGGAGAUGCAGGGCAGUUGGAGCCGAAGCGAGUGGCGCAUCGGCUCUUGUUGGUCAAUGAUAUAUCCCUUCAUUCGACCAGCUUCACUGUGCAGAACGUCAUCCUGGACCUCUUCAGCUCGGAUCCGGCAAUGGGGUAUGUUGAUGCUCUGCGAGACGAAGCUGCAUCCGUGCUUGCCAAGUCUGGUGGUGUAUGGACGCGCGAUGCGGUGCGGGAUCUGAAGCUCAUUGAUUCAAUGAUCCGUGAAUCAAUGAGACUUAAUCCGUUUGCUAUCGUCGGACUUCCGCGAACAGUCGUACACCCCGAAGGCAUUCGUCUCCCAGUUUCCAACGUUCAUGUGCCUCAAGGCACCAUGAUCGCGGUUCCAAUGGAGCCAAUCCACUACGACGAAAGUAUCUAUCCUCAAGCACGCAGCUUUAACGCGUUCCGGUUUGCAGACCCGAACAAUGUGACCAGCAUUGUCGACAACUUUGCAACCAAGGACGACCUGGAAGCUGCUAAAGCCGACACGAACGAGCGGAAGGGUAAGUCGACUGCCACGCUUGAUGAUGCUUUCCUCGGUUUUGGAUUUGGGCGACACGCAUGUCCCGGACGAUUCUUCGCCUUGAACGAGAUGAAAGUUUUCAUUGCGCACAUGCUGCUGAACUAUGACGUUGAGCACAUGGCGAUUAGACCAAAGCCAUUGGAUACUGUAUGGCUAAAGCUUCCGUUGCAUGGUGGGAAGAUCCGGGUGCGACGCAGGCCGUCAAACGCGUAGAUAGAAUAAAAGAUAUCCUCUGUUGAUCCUCAUCCGGUGUAAAUCCGACAGCCGUUGCUGUAUUGAAUCGAGCCUUUGCUACAGACGCCUGCCGGGC